AUGUCACAAAGCGUGAUCCGCAUUGAUGGCGAAAGAAAAUCCGUACGCAGCCUAAAGGCGUUCCAGGAGUCGAUAUCUGAGCCAGCCAAGCACGAGGUUUUGAUCAAGGUUCAUAGUGUUUCGCUGAACUACCGCGACAUUGUGAUAGCCACGUCAAAAUACCCAUACCCUGUGAAGGAUAGGGUGAUCCCUUGUUCCGAUGCGGCCGGAAUCGUCGUCAGGUUCCAUGGCCAAGGCGGCCCAAUCGAUGGGGUUCUCCGCGAGUACGUCAAUAUUCCUGCCACAUCGGCUGUAAAAAUCCGGAAAGACUCGCCUCAGAACUUUUCAGAAUGGUCGACUGUGGUCUGCACCGGCGUGACUGCCUGGAACGCUCUGUAUGGCCAACCUGCCUCUGAAACCGGGUCAGACUGUCUUAUACCAAGAUUUGGUGCCGAUCACGGUGUCAACUACAAAACCCAUCCGGAGUGGUCCAAGGAAGUUUUGAGGCUCACUAAUGGCGAAGGUGUAGACUAUGUUCUCGAGAAUGAUGGCUCGGGCACCAUUGCAGAGAGCCUGAAUUGCGUCAAGAUGGGUGGAAAUGUCUCCGUUAUUGGCUUUCUGUCGCAAGCCAAGCAGUCCGAGAUGCCUGAUGUAGCUGGUCUAGCACUUUCUAAGGGCGCUGUCGUGCGUGGCGUCAUCGUCGGUUCUACUCAGCUGCUCGAAGAGGUGGUUCAAUUUGUCGCUCGCAAAGAACUUCGCCUACCGGUUGAGAGGGAGUUUAAGUUCACGCAGGAGGAUGUGGUAAACGCUUAUGAGUAUGCGUCUUCGGGGACUCACAUUGGCAAGGUUUGUAUCAAGCUUGUGGAGUAAUCGGUUCCGGG